CGAAUAUACCCGAAUUGCAGAGGUAUAACGUUCUCACCCAUUUGAUUAAACCUACCACACAAUGUACUGUUAGUAGGCCUGCGAGCCUACGAACACUAAUCAGUGAGUAGAAGUACGGCAACCAGUUGUACGACGCUCACAGAUUGGCUACGUGAAGAGAUAAGCCGCGCGCACGAAGGCCCAACCCAUUGGUUGUUUAAACGCCGGAGUCCGGUUUAUGCUACUGCCCGAGAUUUAAAUUGGAUGCUUUCCCAUUGGAAAAACCAGAGAUUUAAGGACCGGACGAAUCUAGCGCCCUUGUACUAAAAAACUAGAUUGCACGCUGUCGUGCGAAGAUUAUUCAGCUUCCAUCCAAGCAACCAACCACUGCAAAGAUGGCAUCAACAAGCAACACACCAGAGACGCGCGACGAGGAUCAUCACGAACUCGAGGAACAACAGCUACCUAUCGCUAGGUUGCUGCGCACGCCAGCCUGGAUGAAAAUGAUCGAAGCGAGCGGGAUCAGCGAUACAUAAUGGCUAAGAUAUAUCGACCCGCACGCCUGGGAUUAACCACCACCCGACCUCACGCAGCCACUGGAACCAAAUCUACAUACUUUAUGCAGUCAUACUAUGAAACAGUAGUCAGCGUGCGCAAGGCACAAGCAGCGGGAAAAAUAACCCCAAAGCAACGGCUGCGCGAACGCUUCCAAGAAGAGCUUGAGGGAUGGACAAGCUACCAGUUCGAUCAAAUAUCGCGCGAGAUCUGCAAGGCAUACGUAGAUCUGUUAGAAGAAGUAUGCGGACUUACCCAAGGGAGGAGAAUUAACGACAAACUCGUGCGAUUCCCCCAGGAUAAGAAGGAACAAGCGGGAGAAGGCCAGCGCGCGACAACCACAACACCGCAAGUUGUGUUCCAGUCUGUGGAAUAUAACGGGUACCAAAGUCCACCCGCAGAGCCGCAGCGCGCACAAAACAUCUUCUAUCCAGUCCCGGAUCCAGGUAUUGCUUAUGCGCACGAACCAGGAAGAAGCACAACAGCCAUGCCCGGAAACAGGCUAACACGGGAGGUGCAAACAUACCCGCAAAUUGCUCCGGAAAGGGACGGAAAUGCGACCUACGCCCACCGCGCGACCAGCCAAGGGCCGGGAGUACCAAAGUACGAGUUACCACCCGUGCGACCAGUGCCGAGCGAGCUUAUAGACCCUAUCGUUGCAGACCGCUUUAUUAAAACAUGGAAGCAGGCAGAUAAUUAUACGGGAAGGCCGUACGACAUGUGGAGAUGCGUUGUUAUUAUCGACCCUGUUCUCGUAAAUGUGAAAACGAGGGUUUGACGGGUUUGACGGCACACUGUUUAUCAAAGAAAAUAACCCGCAUAUUCUUAUAUCGUAGAGCUUCGGUAUGCGAACGCUGUCACUGGAGUCGUGCUUCCUUCUUGAAGGGAGUCCCUCCUUGAAUAUGCGUUUCGCAUUAUUUCGAACAUGCUCUGUCAUACGCGCCAAUAGCUCGCGGGAUUCUCGAUCUGAAGAAUGCUCACUCAGGUAUAAAUCCGGAAGACGCCAGUUCAAAUAUAAAUUUUGGUGUGAAGGGCGGACUUUAAUGUUGUCCCAAUAAUUGUGAAAACAAUAAGAGCACAAGCGGCAGGUCGGUUUGCAGCUGCCAAUAUACUUAUAGUCAUUCCAGAAUUUCUGGACACGGGUUAUGCUGCAACUAAUAAGAGCAGAAUGCACCUG